AUGGCGCAGAUGCCAGAACAGACCACCCCGACGGUUGUGGACUCCAUUGACUCGCUGCAAUUUCUUAUCCGGGAGCUGAUCAAUCAGGUGGAACCUAAGACCUUGUAUAUCGAUCUUGAAGGGAUAAAUCUCUCCCGCCAUGGAACUGUGUCUUUUCUCACACUACUCGUAAAUUAUGGCGGCGUUCACCCUGAUCAUCUAUAUCUAAUCGAUAUCCAUACGCUUGGAUCUGCGGCAUUCAAUACCUCCUCAACUACCCUCGCUUUGAACAACCAAUCCAAAACAUUAAAAGAUAUUCUCGAGUCUCCAACGCAAACCAAAGUGAUUUUCGACGUCCGCAAUGACUCUGACGCUCUGUUUAGCAAUUUUGGUAUCAGGCUGCAGGGUGUCAUGGAUUUGCAACUCAUGGAGAAUGCAGCUCGCAAGGGCAAUGUUCGCGGCAAGAAAAUGGUCCAUGGGCUGGCGAAAUGCAUCAAAGAGGACUCGAAUCUUUCAGAGGAUCAGAAGAUAAAGUGGGAACUCGCGAAAGAAGAAGGUCGGCGUCUUUUUGCUCCAGAGCUUGGGGGCUGCUACGAAGUCUUUAACGAGCGGCCUUUGAAGAAAGAGAUCAAAGCCUAUUGUGAACAAGAUGUUUGGUUCUUACCACAUCUAUACAAGGUUUACAGAGAUAGACUUGGCAUUGGAUAUUCUGAGGGCCCGAAUUGGUACAAAGCGAUCUCUUCUGAGACGGCAAAAAGACUCGAAGAGUCGAGGAGUGAGACGUACGAACCGCAGGGGCGAGAUAAAGCAUUGGCACCAGUGUGGGAAACAUCUCAAUAUGUUUGA